AUGCCCAGCUCUGCAACCCCGUUGAAUUAUGACUACUAUGGCCGCCCAGACUCGCACAGCUUAGGCAGCACCCGGUAUAGUACGCUAAGUCACCAGGUCUCUCAAGCCGGUUGGCCUUCUCGACCUUCUCAAGGCGUUUACGGUUGGUCCUACCCCCAGCCGCUGUCGUUUGAUCCCAAGAACUGGUCGACCAGUUACAUCCCUUCACCACCCUCAUCGACCAAGACGGGCUCCACCGGUUCAUGGGUGGACCAAGCAUCCUUGAAGUCUGCCUACUACCUGGAUAGGGGAAAUGGAAAGGUUACACGACUGGUGCCGGCUGACCAGCUGCCACCGAUGAACGAGAUUCCUCGGAUGGAGAACAAGUCUCAGGGCAUGGACGUCCUGCCACCCUUGCCAGGUAAUCCGCGUGUAGUGAUGGGAGACAUGCAUCAAGCAGUCACAUUCAAGGAGAAUACAAACCUCGCGCUUCAACAGGUCCAGAAGCACCAAAAGCCGAGCAAGCAGGACAAGGAGUACUGCGACAAAUGGGUUCACGAAGGUGUCUGUGCCUUUACCCAGCAGGGUUGCCGCUACAAGCAUGAAAUGCCAUACGACAAGGCAACCCAGCAGUCCCUUGGUCUCUUCCACGGCCUGCCGGCCUGGUGGAAGAGGAAACAGGCCGAGAUGCAUCGCCAGCAGGAGUUCAAGAACGCCGCGAAGCGCCGCACCCUGUCCAACCCGUACCAGGCAGGGACAACGGCUCCUCUGGAGGCGCCUCCCGCGGAUGGAACAAAGGCCUGUUCUGUACCUACCGCCAGUACCCCUUGGAACAGUGGCCCGUGGGAGGAGGGCACGACUGUGAAGGAUUUGACGAAGCAGUCGGAUUAUACUCUUUCGGCUGGCCCAUAUCGAUGCCCUUACGGUGCCAUCCGACCACCUUCUGGAUGCCGCAAGUAG